UGGGAAUAUCUUGCUUGAACAACAUGUUCAAAGCACGUGUAGCCCACUAGUAUAUUAAUUUUUAUGUUAAUAACAAGUCUUGUGUUUUGUAUAUUAUGAUACAUUUGUGCUACUAUGAUAUUGUAGCAUAAAAGCAACGUGCUACAUGUAACCAAUCGAUAAACUGGUUAUGGACUUGAAUGGGGGAACACUUUAUCUCAACCGUCCAUUGUUGGAAAGUAACAGUUUAGAUGACCUGUUUUCUAUUAUUUAAAAUAUAUCAGGGCAUUCCUUGCUGUAAUUUCUUUAUAUAACAUAGGCGCAUGGAUACUUUUGUAGCAUUCAGAUAUGUCUUGUCCUGCAUUUCAUUCUUUUUGGUUCCAUUUUGGAUAUGCUGAGUACAUAUUGACUCAAGUAGACGUGUUCUGUCCUUGUAAAAUAGGGUUUUUCUAUCGAUUAUCGCAACUUCAUAGUCAUCAUGCACAUAUUUUGAACUUGCAUUGUUGUAUAUCUCAUGUGGUAUUUGUCAAACAUUCAAUACUUUGAUCAUUGAACAGCAUUUAUUUUGUUAAAUUCUUUCUGUGAAAUUUAAAAAAUGUAAGGUAACUUCUAGUCUAUGAUCUCUUGGUUGAUAAAAUUUGUAUUUACUUCAAUAUUACUGUCGUACCAUGGGGCAAUACUACCGCCAUGGCCCCAGGCCAUUCUCAAGUGCUUCUUCAUACAUCUCUGUAAACUAGUGCACAUCUCAUAUUUAUCAAAAAAAAGAAAAGAGGAAAAUGCAAAAAUUUUGUACUCGAUUAUUUCUUAUGGAAGGAAUCCCAAUUAACACAGUGUAAAAAAAAAGAAAAGAGGAAAAUGCAAAAAUUUUGUACUCGAUUAUUUCUUAUGGAAGGAAUCCCAAUUAACACAGUGUAUUUGUUUCAUUAACUACGCAGUUGUCAUGGCCUGGAAGCAGAGAGUUCAAGUCCAUGUCUCAGGAAAACUUUACAACUGCCUCAUUCCUUCCAGAUGUUAUAAGUCAAAAGCUGAGUGGCAAAAGCUUCGACCUAUGAUCCUUGAAAGACUAAGAAGUAGGGCCAAGGAUUAUCCUGUGAGAAACAUGGUCCCUGUUGCUAAUGAUGUCCUUAAGGCUAGAGGGGAAGUUGUUGAUGGUGUUUCUACCCUUAUAAAGUUUAUUCCAGUAAAGGCAUGCAAGUUCUGUUCAGAGGUAUACGUCGGUGAAGAGGGCCAUCAAAUCCGCACCUGUUGUGGCUAUAGGCGUGGGGCCAAAAAACAAUUGCACCGUUGGAUCAAUGGUGGUUUUGAACAUAUUCUUGUUCCUGUUGAUGCUUACCAUCUCCGAACCAUGUUCCAGGAUGUCAUAAAACAUGAUGAGAGAUUCGAUUAUGAACGUAUACCCGCCGUUCUUGAGCUAUGCGAUCAGGCUGGAGCUAGUAUUUCCAGCGCCCAUGAUAAUCAUAGUAUGAGUUCAAAUGGAUUGAACCAUUCCCAUAGUCAUAGUCAUAGUGGGGAUGGGCUAAGCUUGAUUAUCGAGCAAUGCAAUCAAACCGUAGCUGAUAUUUCCAAGACCCUUCAUAAUUUUAGUUCAAAGGAAUCAAGCCAUGAUCUUCAUCAUUCAAAUGGGUCAAGCUCUGUCAAGAGCUUUGGAGACUUAGUGGGUUUGCCUGAGGAGCUACAAUCUAUUGCACAGAGGACUUUGGAUGCAUGGGAGAGGAUGAGAUUAGGUAUUAAGAAGUUGAUGUUGGUGUAUCCUGUCAAGGUUUGCAAGUAUUGUGGUGAGGUUCAUGUCGGUCCAUCAGGGCACAAGGUGAGACUGUGUGGUUUGUUCAGGCAUGAGCCGUGGAGGGGCGGUCAUUUUUGGAAGAAGGCGGAUUUGGAUGACCUGGUGCCACCUCAGGUGGUGUGGCAUAGGCGUCCUCAGGACCCUUGCGUACUCUUGGACAAUGGGAGGAGCUUUUAUGGGCAUGCCCCAGCAGUGGUCGAGCUGUGUGCUCAGGGAGGAGCCACUGUUCCCACCAAGUAUUUUUGUAUGAUGAAAAAUAAUGGUUUGGUACCAAGGUGAUUAUCUGUAAUCUCUCUUUCGUUAUUGUUCUAAUCCAUGCUCUUAUCUGUUAAUGUUGCCUAUUUAUGAGUUCCGUGAUUCUCUGAAAGGGAGUGUCAUAAGCUGAAAGAACCUUUGAUUUCAAAGGUACUUUGGCCAUUUUUGUUGUUGAGCUCUUUUUGUAUUUUUCCAUAUUGUUCUCUUUUAAUAAAUUCAUGUUGUAUGUAC